GAGAGAGAGAGAGAUGGGGAAGAAGGAAAGCGGAGAAGGGGAAGAGACUACUCUUCCAUUGUUUGAGAGCAAAAGAGCAAGAUAUAGAGGUUUCUACCGGGCUUUUGCAUCAACUAUAUUCGUGUUUGUGUGUUUGAUCUUGGCGUACAGACUAAUAAACAUCCCAAAAGCUGGGGAGAGAGGGAGAUGGGCUUGGAUUGGUAUGCUCAUGGCCGAGUUCUGGUUUGGUCUGUACUGGAUCAUCACUCAGUCUGUUCGCUGGAGUGUCACUUAUCGUCAACCUCUCAAGAACAGACUCUCUCAGAGAUUUGAGGACAAGUUACCCGGUUUUGAUGUGUUUGUAUGCACUGCUGACCCAAAAAUGGAGCCGCCAAGUUUAGUGAUUAACACUGUUUUAUCAGUCCUAUCCAGCAAUUUUCCAUCUGAGAAGUUGAGUGUUUAUCUUUCUGAUGAUGGCGGUUCAGAGUUAACUUUCUAUGCUCUAUGGGAGGCGUCUCGGUUCUCGAAGAAUUGGAUACCCUUCUGCAAGAAGUUCAAGGUUGAACCAAGGGCACCGGAGGCCUACUUUGCACUGCAUUCUGAUGUUCAUGACACCAAGUGCGGUCAAGAAUGGUUUGAUAUCAAGAAACUCUAUGAAGAAAUGAAAAAUCGGAUCGAUUCUAUUGUUGAAAGUUGCAAGAUACCAGAAAAAACAAGGAAUCAACACAAAGGGUUCUCAGAAUGGAACCUUAAAGUAGCAAAGAAUGAUCAUCAUUCAAUUGUGCAGAUAAUAACUGAUGGAAGAGACACAAAUGCUGUCGACAAAGAUGGAUGCCGAUUACCAACCGUUGUGUACAUGUCAAGAGAAAAGAGACCCCAACAACCACACAACUUCAAAGCUGGAGCCAUGAAUGCACUGUUGAGAGUUUCAUCAAAGAUAAGCAAUGCACCCUUCAUUCUCAACUUGGACUGUGACAUGUACGCAAACAACGCCGAUGCAAUACGAGAAGCACUGUGUUUCUUCUUGGAUGAAAAGACUGGCCACGAGACAGCUUAUGUGCAACAUCCGCAGGUCUACAACAAUGUCACAAAAAAUGAUAUCUAUGGAAAUGAAUGCAUUGCAACUAAUGCGAUUGAACUGGCUGGGUUAGGUGGAUAUGGAGCAGCAUUGUAUUGUGGCACCGGAUGUUUCCAUCGAAGAGCAUGUCUUUGUGGCAAGAAGUAUUCAAAGGGUAAUAUAGAAAAAUGGAACAUUGAGGGCCAGAAGAGCACCAUGGACAAUAGUAUCCAAAAAUUGGAGGAAUCUACAAAACCUCUUAUCGAUUGUAGCUACGAGAAGGGGAGUCAAUGGGGAAAAGAGAUGGGACUAAUAUAUGGAUGCCCUGUGGAAGAUAUAGUUACCGGUUUGGCAGUGCAAUGCAGGGGAUGGAAAUCAGUUUACUACAAUCCAGAAAGGCCUAACUUUCUUGGUGUUGCUCCAAACACCUUAGAAAUAGCACUUGUUCAGCACAAGAGGUGGUCUGAGGGCAUGUUUCAGAUAUUUUUCUCCAAGUAUUGCCCCUUCAUAUAUGGACAUGGGAAGAUACACUUUGGUGCCCAAAUGGGAUAUUGCAUCUACCUACUAUGGGCUCCAGUUUCAUUCCCAACUUUGUAUUAUGCAACUGUUCCUCCUCUUUGCUUGCUCCAUGGAAUUCCCUUGUUCCCCAAGGUGUCAAGUCUAUGGUUCCUAGCAUUUGCUUAUGUUUUUGUAGCAACAAAUGCAUACAGCAUAGCCGAAUAUGUGAUGUGUGGGGGAAAACUCAAAGCAUGGUGGAAUCUACAAAGAAUUUGGCUGAUCCGACGAAUUACUUCAUACUUCUUUGCCUUCUUUGACACCAUAAAGAGGCAAUUAGGGCUAUCUGAGACGCACUUCACCCUCACUGAUAAGGUUGUCACCGACGAUGUGUUAAAGAGGUACGAGCAAGAGGUUAUGGAAUUCGGAAGCUCAAGCAUUAUGUACACGAUAAUGGCAACGACGGCAUUGCUGAGCUUGGUGAGCUUAGUUUGGGGGACAAAGCGGGUUGUGAUGGAUUUUGAGUUGAAGGGCUUAGACCAGUUCAUCAGUCAAGUUAUCCUUUGUGCCAUACUGGUUUUGAUCAACAUACCAGUGUAUGAGGCACUCUUCUUUCGUAGUGAUAAGGGCCAUAUACCAUCCUCUGUCAUGUAUAAGUCUGUUUUUAUGCUCACACUGGCUUGCUUGAUGCCUAUCUAGCUAGGUAAAUCUUAUGAUUUUAAGCAAAAUUAUAUAGGAAAUUUAGAGUAUAUCUACAUGUAUGUAACACCUGUAUU